UGGCGGUCUUUUAGCCUCAGGUUAGGUCCGUUUAUCCGCUAAGGUUCCGGACCGCGGUGACUGACGGUGAGGACGCGAGGGGAGGCGCUGACCUCGUCGCACACCGUUGAGUCCAGGUGUCCUUUCCCUUCCGGCCCCGCUGCCGGCCCACCGAGUCCGAUGGCGGCGGCCGCGCCCACGGACCCGGCUCAGGGUGGUGUGACCUUUGAGGACGUUGCCGUGUACUUCUCCUGGAAGGAAUGGAGGCUUCUUGAUGAGGCUCAGAGACGGCUGUACCACCGUGUGAUGCUGGAGAACUUUACACUUGUAUCCUCACUGGGUUGCUGCUGUGGAGCAGAGGGUGAGGAGGCACCCUUUGCACAAAGCACUUCUGUAGGAGCGUCACAGGCCGGGACGCCCACGGCAGCUGUGUCUUCCCGGAAGACCCACCCCUGUGAGAUGUGUGGUCCAGUGUUGAGAGACAUUUUCCACUUGGCUGAGCACCAGGGAAAAGGAAACAGCCAGAAACUGUUGAAGUGUGGGGCAUGUGGGAAACGAUUUUAUUUCAGUGCGAAGUCUCAGCCGCAGCAGGAGCAGCACCUGGGAGCAAAACCCUGCAGAAGCCGUGUAGACGGGGCCUCUUUGGUGAACAGCUGGGGAUUCCAUGGUUCAGGAAAGCCCUUUACCUGUGGAGAAAUUCAGAAGGACUUCCUCUCUGGCUCCGGGCAUCUGCACCCAGAGGCCACUCACACUGGGGAGAAGCCACACAUGAUCACCCAGUGCAGGACAACUUUACAAAGCAGGAAAAGUCAUCAUCCUUGGGGAGGAUGUAAGAAAGCCUUUGGUUCCAAACACACAGAUAGUCAGGACCAGGGUGUCCACUUUGGAAGACAGUCCUUUGUGUGCAGUGAAUGUGGGAAAACAUUCAGGUACAAAUCCUUAUUUGCUAUACACCAGAGAUACCAUACUGGAGAAAGAUACGAGUUUGGCCAAUGUGGAAAAUCCCGUAGGCAAAGAUCAACCCUGAAUGAACAUGGAAAGAGUCACAGUGGAUCCAGGCAGCCCACGUGCAGCAGAUGUGGGAAAUCCUUAGGUCGCAAAUCUGUCCUCAUUCACCCUCAGAGAUGUCACAGUGGAGUGAGGAGUUAUGUUUGCAGUGGAUGUGCAAAAUCUGUUAGCUGUAGCUCAGAGAUGAUUGCCCAUAGGGUUGAACCUGGGGAAAGGUCUUACAAGUGUCGUGCCUGUGCAAAAUCUUUUCCCUCUAUGGCUUCCCUCUGUUAUCAUCAGAGAUCUCAUGCAGGAGAAAGACGGUAUGAGUGCAGUGAAUGUGGGAAAUCUUUUACCAGUAAUUCUGCCCUCUGUUCUCACCAGAGAGUUCACACUGGACAAAAGCCUUAUAAAUGCAAUGAAUGUGGGAAAUCUUUUGCUGGCAGUUCUGCCCUACGUUAUCAUCAAACAGUUCACACUGGAGUAAGGCCUUACGAGUGCAGCGAAUGUGGGAAAUCUUUUGCUGGUAGUUUUAUCUUACGUUAUCACCAGAGAGUUCACACUGGAGAAAGGCCUUAUGAGUGCAGUGAAUGUGGAAAAUCCUUUAUCCGAAAAACUAGCCUCAGUGUACACAUAAAGGUUCACUCAGGUGAACGGCCUUAUGAGUGUAAUGAAUGUGGGAAAAAUUUUACUGCCAGUUCUGCCCUCCGUCAUCAUCAGAGAGUUCACACUGGAGAACGUCCUUAUGAGUGCCAUGAAUGUGGGAAAUCUUACACUGCUCGUUCUGCCCUCCGUUCACACCAGAGACUUCAUACUGGGGAACGGCCUUAUGAGUGCCGUGAAUGUGGGAAAUGUUUUACUUUUAGUUCUGCCCUAUCUUCUCAUCGGAGACUUCAUACUGGACAAAGGCCUUAUGAGUGCUGUGAAUGUGGGAAAUCUUACACUGCUAGUUCUACCCUCCGUUCUCACCAGAGACUUCACACUGGAGAAAGGCCUUAUGAGUGCCAUGAAUGUGGGAAAUCAUUUACUGCUAGUUCUGCCCUCCGUUAUCACCAGAGACUUCACACUGGACAAAAGCCCUAUAAGUGCAGUGAAUGUGGGAAAUCUUUUCUCACUAGUAAUCAACAUCGUGCUCACCAGAGAGUUCACAGUGGAGAGAGGCCUUAUGAAUGCCCUGAAUGUGGCAAAUCCUUUCCCCGUAAAGGUAGCCUCAGUGUACACAAAAUGGUUCACUCAGGUGACCGGCCUUAUGAGUGUAAUGUAUGUCGGAAAUCAUUUACUGCUAGUUCUGCCCUCCGUCGUCACCAGAGAGUUCACACUGGAGAAAGGCCUUAUGAGUGCCAUGAAUGUGGGAAAUCAUUUACUGCUCGUUCUGCCCUCCGUUAUCACCAGAGACUUCACACUGGACAAAAGCCUUAUCAGUGCAAUCAAUGUGAGAAAUCUUUUAUCACUAGUUAUCAACAUCGUGCUCACCAGAGAGUUCACAGUGGAGAGAGGCCUUAUGAAUGCCCUGAAUGUGGCAAAUCCUUUCCUCGAAAAGAUAGCCUCAGUGUACACAAAAAGGUUCACUCAGGUAAACGGCCUUAUGAGUGUAAUGAAUGUGGGAAAUCAUUUACUGCUAGUUUUGCCCUCCGUCGUCACCAGAUAGUUCACACUGGAGAAAGGCCUUAUGAGUGCCAUGAAUGUGGGAAAUCAUUUACUGCUCGUUCUGCCCUCCGUUAUCACCAGAGACUUCACACUGGACAAAAGCCUUAUCAGUGCAAUCAAUGUGAGAAAUCUUUUAUCACUAGUAAUCAACAUCGUGCUCACCAGAGUGUUCACAGUGGAGAGAGGCCUUAUGAAUGUAGUGAAUGUGGCAAAUCCUUUCCUCGAAAAGAUAGCCUCAGUGUACACAAAAAGGUUCACUCAGGUAAAGGGCCUUAUGAGUGUAAUGAAUGUGGGAAAUCAUUUACUGCUAGUUCUGCCCUCUACCGUCACCAGAGAGUUCACACUAGAAAAAGGCCUUAGAGUGCCAUGAAUGUGGGAAAUCUUUUUAUCAGUCAUAAUGGUUUAGAUAUCAUUACAGUCUACACAGUGCAUGAAGGAUUUAAAAUAGCACUGUGAGGCAGCCACCUACCGGAAUACAACUUUGUUCACCUGAGUAUCCACAGUGGAGUGACUUCCCCUACGUUCCAGCUAUUUUUGUCAAAAUUCAGAACCUGCACUGUGCUUUCCUCUGUGCAUGCAGUCAUUGCAAGAUGGAAGUCACUGUCAGUGUCUGUGGCAGAUGUCCUUUCACCUCUGCCACCUCAUAGUUCCCAAUAAUGUGCAUAAGUCACCACCCCAACAUGGUUAAUGAUGCUGACCUGUCUGCUUUUUCAUUUGCUCAUUUAAAGUAUGGGUAACUGGAACUCCUCGUUCUGUUCUACGUUACAGCAUGGAUGAGACCCAGUGUUGAUCCACAGUGAGUGAUUGAGUUCUGGGUGGUGACUGGCACAGGAAGGCCAGAUCCAGUGGGGAUGUUGUUGGUCUCGUGAUGCUUUGAUGACUCUUUGCAGUUUCCAAAUCACCACACAGGACUUGAGUGCCACGUGUUGCUCUGAUUUAUGCAUUAGUAAAUGCCAUCUUUGUUUAAUUACCAUUAGUCUUAGACAUUGUGUGCACUCUAAGGGGUGGUUUCAUUUUUUUUUUUUAAGAUUUUAUUUAUUUGACAGGCAGCAAGAGAAGGAACACAGGCAGGGGGAGUGGGAGAGGAAGAAGCAGGCUCCCAGCAGAGCAGCCUGUUGUGGGGCUCGAUCCCAGAACACCGGGAUCACACCCUGAGCUGAAGGCAGAGGCUUAACGACUGCACCACCCAGGCGCCCCUCUAAGGGGUGAUUUCAAAGCAGGAUUGUGCUUUCCCAGCAUGAAGGAAAGAGCAGAGUGCAUUGCAUCGCAAACUUGCUGUGUCUCUGAGCUGAUAAUCGCAAAUAAAUAAUAUCGACGUACAUAUAUACAUGAAUACUCCGGCUUGUGUGUGAAUUUGCAUUAUAACCCAAGACCUUUGUGAUGGACUGAAUUGUUUACAGUCUCAGAUGUGUCAGAAAAGCGUGAGUCAUGGAAUCAACUAGGGAGCUGGACAGCAACGUUUGGGAAAUUGGGGAAAGUUUCAAGAUGGAGGGUUUGAAAAGUGAUGGCUGUUGUGUGGACCAGGGCAGAGAUUUGGAUCACAGUUAGGAAGGGAAUGCAGAGUGUAGUGGCAGUGCUGCUAGUAGGUCAAGUAUCCUACUAGGAUGUGCUCAAGAAUGGUUCUCUUGCACAGCCUGUGGUGUGGUUGAUGGGCAUUGUUGACAUGGGAGAAAGAGAGAGAAAGAUCUGGCAGAUGAUGGCCAGGGUUCCUUGGGGUGAUUGAAAGAGAUGGCCGAGGACAUCUAAGAUUGAGACAAGGUGACAGUGAGGUUGGAGUCUGCUCUGUAUUCUGUGUUCUAGGGCUUCACCGGAAUUUUGUGGUCAGCUUUUAUGGUGUCUGGAGUGUUUCAGAGUCUUCCUGCUAGAAAAGCUCUGGGUCAGAUGUUAUUUGUGGUUUGCUGUGCCUGGCAGGGAGACCUUUAGGUUCAGUGGAGGAUGGUUGGUUCCUGAUUGUGGAGGGACAGCAUGGGCAGCAGGGAAGUAGAAGAGGUUCUAUGAGUAUUCUGUGUUGACAGUGGUUGUGAGUGUGUGUUACUGAAGCGAAGAUUAGAGGCAAAUAAGGAGGGCUUCUCAGUAGCAUUUGAAGCUUUCCCUCAGUUGGGAUCCAGGAGAAUACUGGGGUGAUUCUGGAACCUGUUCGAGUUUGUCAAAUAUCCUUUGGGUGUCAUGUGACAAGUACAUGUGUGAGUCAAGGGAGAGUCCUUUGGUGUGGGGCAGGAAGAUGUGGGAGUUCAUCCUGGGGUCUGAGGGCAUGAGAGAGGUACAGUCUACAGUAUCCUGUACACAGGGAGAGGAAGUGUGAGCUAAGGGCCUCAGGGCCCUGGUAUUAAAGGCUUCCUGGCAGAGCAGGGCCUAUAAUUGUCUGCCUUGAGGGCACAAUCUGGGAGACUCCCUGGGAAUAUGGUCUGGGAGACUCCCUGGGAAUAUGGUAUCAGAGGGAUGGGACCUUGCAGGCCAAACCCAGAGCUUCGAUUGCGUCUGUGUGUCCCCCUGCCUGUUACUGCUGUGGACUGAGCACAGUGAUUGAUGGGAGGUGAGCGGAGAGCAGCAUUAGUGGCACCAGGACCUGGCAUCUAUUCUGAGGUGCGGAGAUGGGUAGAUGUGUGGGGGAUUGGAUUAUGGGUUCUCAGAGAAUGUUCAGGGUUUCAUCUGUCCCUUCAUGACAGGGUGGUGUGACCUUUGAGGAUAUUGUUGUAUACUUCCGUCCUCAUUCAUCCUCAGAGAUGGCAUAGUAGAGAAAACUGUUUGCAGUGGAUGUGCAAAAUGUCUUAACCGUAGCUCAGUAUUGAUUACUAAUAGGGUUCGUCCUGGAGGAAGCCCUUGUAAGUGUAGUGACUGUGCCAAAUCAUUUACCUCUAUGUCUGCCCCCCAUUAUCAUUAGAGAGCUCAGAGUGGAGGAAUACCUUAUGUGGGCAGUGAAUGUGGGAAGUCUUUCAUCGCCAGUACUGGCAUCUUUACUCACUAGAGUUUACAUUGGAGAAAGGCCUUUUGUGGCAUGACUGUGGAAGGUACUUUUUCCAGAAUAGCAACCUCAAGAUUUGCUGAGGUGAAUGAUCUUUGAAGUGUAAUGGUUGUGGGAAAUGUGUUAUUUUUUUAAAGAUUCAUUUAUUUGUUUUAUAGAGGGAGAGAACACUGAAGGGUUGGGCAAAUGGAGAGAAUCUUCAAGCUGACUCCUGUUGAGCCUGGAGCCAGAAUCGAGCUUGAUUCCAUGACCCAGGAGAUCAUGACCUGAGCCGAAACAAAGAGUUGGGCACUUAACCAGUUGAGCCACCUAGGUGCCCCAAAUGUGGGAAAUCUUUUAAGUAGAGGGCAGCAUUCAUUCACUACUAGAGAAUUCACACAGGAGAAAGGCUUUUGAGGGCAAUGAAUGUGGAAAAUCUUUACUGGUUAUACUACUUUUAAUUAGCAUCAAAGAGUUUACACUGGAGAAAGGCCUUAGGAAUGCUGGGAUGUGCAAAACCUUUCAGCCAAAGCUCCAGUCUCCUUAAAGCAAAAAGUACAUAGUUGAUACGUUGUUAUGAGUGAUAUUAUGAGCUGAAUCCUUAUGUUCACUAAAAUUCAUAGGUUAAAUUCCUAUACUUCAAUGUGAUAGGAUUAGGAGUUGAGGAUCAUGAUGUCUUUGGGAGGGAAUUGUGUCAUGAGUGUGGAGCCCUCACGAAUAGGAUUAUUGUCCUCAUAAGAGUUCUGAGAGAGUUUGCUUCCUCUAUCAUGUAAGGACCGUUUUUGAAGAUCAUCUAUAAAUCAGGAUCUCCCCAGACACAGAACUAGACCCUAUAAGGAGUGUAACGCCAGAUAUCCAGCCCCCAGGACUGAGAAAGAAAUUUGUGUUUUUAUAAGCCACCUAAUUUAUGAUGUUUUUAGGGCAGCCUGAGGGAAGACAAAUGGGAAGAAUAUAGGUGAUCAUUUGGCCAAAGAUAGGUUUUAGAAAAGUCAGAAUUCACACUGGAAUAAGGUGAAUGACACCAUUCCUUUAUCCAGUCAUCUCUAUUCAUUCCAUAUUGGAGAGUUAACAUUGCAGAAAGUCUUUAAAAUAACACAGAAGGUGAUGUUUCCUUACUUUGUGUAAUUCCAAUGGGGGAAAACCUAGUGAGGCAGCCACCUUCCUGAAUUGAACUUUGUUCACCUGAAUGUCUACGGUGGAGUGACUUCCCAUAAGUUCCAGCUAUUUGGGGAAAAUUUAGGAGGCAUUGUGCUUUCUGAUGUGUGCAGAGUUCUUGCUAGAUUGAAGUCACUGACCGUUUCUGUGGCAGAAGUUUAACUUCUGCCACCUGGCAGAUCCCAAUAACAUACAUCAGUCACCAUCCCAACAUACUUAAGGAUGCUGAGCUCUCUGGUUUGUCAUUGUUGAUGGAAAUUAUGGGCAACUGGAACUUCUCAUUCCCUUCUAAGUUAAGGCAUGGAUGUGACCCAGUAUUUAUCCACAGUAUGUGAUCUGAGUUCUGGGUGGUGUCUUGCAGAGAAAAACCAAAUCUCUUAGGGAUGUUGUUGGGCUUUUGGUGCCCAACUUGUCAGGUGGGGCCAGGGCCUUGCCCAGAAGGAGGGAAUGGGGGUAAGGUUCUGCACAGCAACCUGGUGACAUCUUUUCCUUUGCAGACCCAAGUGUGAGUGUGGUCAUAUCUCAAUGGGGACAGUAAGAAAGGGGUUGAGCCAUGUGGGGACCAGGGUAGAACAUGCCGGUAGACCACCAUGCUAGGUGGGAGGGCAGGGGUGGUUCAUGGGGACUGGAGUAGACACUUGGGGGGAGCACGCCUGGGGAUGCGAUUUAGGUGGGACCCUAUGGGCUGAGUUUCCUUUCUUCCUCUGGAAGCAGAUUUCCCACCGUGGGUCCCUAAGACAGUGCCCUGCCUAGAGCUCCAGCUGCUCUUUCCCCAGAUGUCCCUGAGGGACACAUCACAGACCAUGUGGCCUGGAGGUGAUGGCAUGUACAAAUGGUAUUCAGCCUUUGAGCCAGUUAGGGACUCAAUCUCCAUAGCAAUUAUAUGUUUCAAAAUAUAUUGUUUUUUUUGUUGUUGUUUUUUUUAAA